CUUGGACGAAGAGAAGGAAGAACGAACGAACAACAAUCCGACACAGGCAAGGUGGGGACCCAGGAAAGGACUCAACUGUUGUGCCGUCUGCUUUUGUUCUCUUUCAUGGAGGCAUUACCUGCUAAAAGACCAAGUAAUAAACGAGCGGCGCUUACCAGUGCCAACUGCUACAGAACUGCGAAGAUCUCUCUCGUCCUAUUCGCCGUGUAUGUUGUCCUGUACCGAUAUGUUAUGUUCCACUUCACCUCCGAAACAGCCGUAACGUCCAGUUCAGGAUCUACUCGUACAAGCAAGCUUCAAGGUGUCUGGACAGCGAGGAACAUCGGACGGCUGGGCAACCAGAUGGGAGCAUACGCUGUACUGUAUGCCUUAGCAAAGCUGAACGGACGUCGGGCAUUCGUUCAUCCCGACAUGUACAAACGUCUCCGUCCCUUCUUCAAGAUCACACUGCCAGUCCUCGCCAUGAAGAACGUCACCUCCAUACCGUGGAAGGAAUACAACUUCCAUGACUGGAUGUCUGAAGAGUAUACACACAUCACGGAACGCUACCUCAUCAUAAAACAAACCAUCUGUUCCUGGACAUUCUUCCACAAGUUCAGGAAAGAAAUACUGCGUGAGUUCACCUUUCACGACACGCUGCGUGAAAGUGCCUGGAGAACCUUGUCGUACCUGGCCAACCGCAGCGGUCAACCUUCGUCGUCGCUUCCGGUAUUUGUUGGUGUCCACGUUCGCCGUGGCGACUUCGUUCACGAGAUUCAACGCCCUCAUUAUCAAGGAGUGCUGGCGGACGAGGCUUACUUCCGUACGGCCAUGAGUUAUUUUAGGGCGAAAUACAGGCAUAUCUUGUUCGUGGUCUGCAGUGAUGGCAUCGAAUGGUGCAGUAGGAACAUCGACUCGUCUAUGGGCGACGUGUUCUUCGUCACGAGACGCGUUUCCCCAGCUAUGGACUUGGCACUCCUCGCUCAGUGCAAUCAUACCAUCAUGACUAUAGGAACGUUUGGAUUCUGGGCUGGAUAUUUAGCCGGAGGUGAGACCAUCUACUUGGCCAAUUACACUCGCCCGGGCGCACCGCUCUCUAAACGUUCGAAACCGUUUGCUUUUCACCUUCCUCACUGGAUAGGGAUCCCCGCUAAUCUCCAGUUGCUGAAUGUGUCGCCAUAUGUGAAAAAUCGACAUCAUCGUUAAGUGUUAAUAUACUUUACGUGGUAAAUCCGAAUGUUAUCGCAGUUUCCAGUGUUCUGGUAGUGGGUACGAAUAUUCGAUUUAUCUGUGCUAAUAUAAGUUGUCAAUGAUC